CCGCUGCCUGGUCCACAGAACAACUCGCUCUGCGGCUCAACAGAAGAAAGAAUGGCCGCACUGGACAAACUACCGGCCGAGCUCGUAGAGAACAUUGUGCUGUCCUUGACGCUACACGAAAUCUGUGCGUUCAGGCUAGCCAACCGCUCGAUUGCGUCCAAAGCAUCACAGGACCACUUUCGGUCCUUCUAUCGCAGCAAACGCGUUGAUGUUGACGAGCAUGGCCUGAAAGACUUUGUCGUGGUCACUGCAAAUGGAGGCAUGGGCUGCUUGAUUGACGACUUCACACUGACCGGACUGGUAUACAACUCAUUCUACAUCCAGUCCCAAUUGCGCUCCGGCAACGUCAGAGAAGACAACUGGCGUGCAAUCACCGAAGAAGAGAGAGUCGCUCUGCAGCGACAGCUCAACACGUUUAAGCGAAGGGAGCAGGCUCAGAUGCACUUUCUGCAGAGCGAGGACGCUCAAAGGCUUUUGGUCAAAGCAUUCCGGAACAUAGUCAAAGGAAGGGCCGCCAACAGGCCACUAUCGCUCACCCUCGACUUGGCUGUCUACCGAGACGAUCCACUGAUCCGCUCGACGCCUCUCCGAGGGGGAAGCUGGCGCAUGAUCUGGCAAAAUGCAGCUGACACGUUCCAGCUCGUUCAAGACGCGCUCGACAGAACGAUGUUGCCGGUGUACAAUCUUCGCCUCUUCCCUGUAUAUGGCCAAAGUGGGCAAAAGAGGUCAAGCUUGGCAUGCAAUGAGAUCGGACCAGUCAUCAAAUAUUCAGGGCUAGAGUCUUGUCUCGCUAACCUUAGAUCGCUCACGGUAACUUAUUCAGAUAAAAGCAUCUUGUCCGAUGACCGAGACGCAGAACUGGUAGAUGCGUGGGACAAAGCGGAAAUGGCGAGACAACGACAUGGCUACCGGGGACUUCUGAAGCAGACGCUAGAAGCUGCAGAUCCGAGCAACUUCACGGGUCUGCUGAGCUUUGUGCAGGCAUGCCACAACCUGGAAGAGCUCGAGAUACAUCGAUAUCGCUUGACCAGAGGUGCCGGCUCUACUGCUCAUGUUCAGGGCGACAAAAUGUCGCACAUACUGUUCGCCCGCCUCACACUUCCUCAUCUACGUGAUUGCAGGCUUCGAGGUUUCCGUGCGAGCUCCGACGACACUGUCAACUUUCUGCGGCGCCACAGACUCCACAAACUGCUGCUCAAGAAUUUUGCCCUCUCCGCUGGGUCUUAUCGGGUCAUAUUUGACCACUGCACAGGGGAUGGAGCGGAUAUGGAGCCAGGGCAGCCCGACCUGAACAGGAUCGAGUUUGAAGAUCUCUUCGAAGAGCGUUCUGACGAGUUCGGUAUUGUCAGACACAACGCGAACCGACAGUGGCUCGUACUCUUUGCCGGGCCCGACCAGGAGCACGACUCUGAUGUUGGUGGGAAGCGCGGUAGCAAUAUGAUCCAGCGAUGGAGCAGUGGCACCAAGCGACCGAUCCAAUAUACGACUCAAGACUCGAGAGAUCCACCCAUCCAGGGGAACUUGACGCGCUUCAGUGAGUGGCAAAGGGGAUUCAGCGAGGAGUUCGGACCACCAGACUUUAGAUAAUGAAGGGAUGGUGCAUGUAAAUAUCGACCUGAACGACGGUUUAUACUUCGGCUCAUCAGGGUUGAAAUCUUCGACACUACGU